AUGUUUUUGAUUGCAAUUGCCAUAAUUUUGGCCACCAUUUUGGUGUUCAAAGGUGUCAAGAUAUUCAACUACAUAGACCACAUGGCUGGCAUUAUGGAAAUGAUACCAGGACCAACGCCCUACCCCUUUGUGGGCAAUAUAUUUCAGUUCGGUCUGAAGCCAGCGGAGUAUCCGAAAAAGGUUUUGCAGUAUUGUCGGAAAUAUGAUUUUCAGGGAUUUCGUUCAUUGGUCUUCCUGCAGUAUCACAUGAUGCUUAGUGAUCCAGCGGAAAUUCAGAACAUUUUGUCGAGUUCAUCUCUGCUGUACAAGGAGCACUUAUACUCCUUUUUACGACCCUGGCUUGGCGAUGGCCUCCUAACCAGUUCCGGUGCCCGUUGGCUGAAGCAUCAAAAGCUCUAUAUGCCGGCCUUUGAACGGUCGGCCAUUGAGGGCUAUCUGCGUGUGGUUCAUCGAACAGGCGGCAAAUUUGUGCAGAAGCUCAAUGAACUGACAGAGACGCUGGAGAUUUUCGACGCCCAGGAGCUGGUGGCCAAAUGUACUCUGGAUAUUGUGUGUGAGAACGCCACUGGUCUGGUCAGCAACUCACUCAACGAUGAGCCGUCCGAUUUGCAUGGGGCCAUCAAGGAUCUCUGCGAUGUCGUCCAGGAGCGCACCUUCAGCAUCGUGAAGCGUUUCGAUGCCCUCUUCCGCCUCACGUCGUACUACAUGAAGCAGCGAAGAGCACUGUCUCUGCUCCGCAGGGAAAUCUACCGAAUUAUCACGCAGCGACGCCAACAACUGGCGGAUGAGAACACUUGUGGGGAAAGGACCAAGCAAAUCAAUAAACCAUUCCUUGAUGUCCUCCUGGCUGCUAAGCUAGACGGGCGUGCCCUUAAGGAACGAGAGAUUAUAGAGGAAAUAUCCACAUUUAUAUUUGCAGGUCACGAUCCAGUUGCUGCCGCCAUUUCCUUCACCCUGUACACACUCUCCCGGCACACGGAAAUUCAGCAAAGAGUUUUCGAGGAGCAGCAGCGCAUCUUUGGCCAGGAUCUCACGGCAGAAGCGGAUAUAGGCAGGCUGGAUCAGAUGCGCUACCUGGAGCUGGUCAUACGCGAGACACUGCGUCUGUACCCGUCCGUCCCGCUGAUAGCGAGAACCAACCGCAAACCCAUCGAUAUCAACGGCACAAAGGUGGCGAAACGCACCACGGUCAUUAUGUGUCUGAUUGCCAUGGGUUACAAUGAGAAGUACUUCGAGGAGCCGUGCGUCUUCCGUCCAGAGAGAUUCGAGACUGCAGGCGCAGAUGUCGGCAUCGAAGCCUUCAAGAGUGUCCCCUUCAGUGCUGGGCCCAGGCGUUGCAUUGCCGAAAAGUUUGCCAUGUAUCAGUUGAAGGCCCUGCUAUCUCAGUUGGUGCGCAACUUCGAGAUCCUGCCCCCUGUAAAUGGCUUGUCUUCCGGCAUCAACGAUCACUCCCAGGUAGAGUGUGUUCCCCAGAGCGAGUACGAUCCAGUGCUGAAUAUUCGGGUGACUCUCAAGUCGGAGAAUGGCAUACAAAUCAGGCUGGGCAAACGAGCAUUUGUGGAGUGAUUUAACCCAAAGCGUUAUAGACUAAAAAUUUAAAUUAUAUCCAUACUGAAAAUGUCAAUGCCAAUGUAUCCCGGUUUGGUCUACAGACUUAGUCUAUUCUCAGACAUUGCAAACCAUUGUUUGCACCAUCAAAGUUAACUUGGAAAAUAUUUCAUUUUGAUUAGCACUCCAUUAAAUAGUCGCUGCUAAUGAA